CCACAGUAUCGACCAAACUGACUGACGUCUUGUUUCUGCCCAAUCUCGUCCCGUCGUCAUCCUCCUCUUCUUACUCUCUUCUUACUCCUCCUUCUCCUCCUUCUCCUCCAUCCGGCCCGCCGCCAACCCGAUCGCGACCACACACGCAACUUGCGGCCAAUCCCAUCGGUGAAUCGCCAGCACUGCCACGACUGUUCCAAUACCACACACACACACCAUCACCGCCGCCAUAUCCCCCCUGCUUUUUGCCGUCAAUUACUUACUUCGACCUUCAACCCUCUCACCUUGCCAGUACUCCGUACCACUUCCAGCCAUACAGACCAUCUCCUACUCACCCGGCUCUCACUUUACCCUCGCUCUACAGCUCCAGCAACUCUUCGGAUUGGGCACAUCUCCGCCCCUUGUCUUUUUCUCCCUCGACGACAGAAUCUCGGGCGCCUCGAACGGACUCGACCCCCCUCGAAACAUCCUCGUCGUCGUCGCUUCUCACUGGCGAUCACGACACCCCGUCCACGUCCCUUCCGACGGGACAUGGCCAUGGCGGCUGCCUAACUCCUCCUCCGCCUCCUUCGACUCUUUGUUCGACAGCCCUGUAUCACGACAUAAUCUUGUUCAAACCGACCGAGCCUGACCAACCCAUUGCCCGCCGCAACCAUGGCAUCCGAACACAACCCCUUUCGCAAGAAGUUUGCAUCCACCUCGUUGUCGUCUCCGACGCCUCAGCCUGUGACGACCUCGGCCUUCCUGCAGUCAAUCACGUCCGGCAUCUCGCGCCAGAACGCUCCCUCGCCCCCUGAGCCGCGACCAGCGAAACAAAAAGUCGUCAAGAAGGUCAGGGUGCUGUCGCCGCCGCCCUCGUCCCCUUCCUCUCCCGAAUCCGAACACAGCAGAGGCUUCGGUCGUCAGGACGACAGCAGCGAUGACGACUCGCAGGACGAAGAUGACCACUUUGCCAAGCGGUUUCCCGAGCUUCCCGGCGGCUUGCCCGAAGCCGCACCGCUUCGUAUUGCCAACGCAAACAACACUCCCGACAACCCCUUUGGCAAGACUUUGCAGGGCUUGGAGGGCUUGACUGAUGGGAACGCCUCAUCGCCCGCAGCCGGCAAGUCUAUGGAUGUGAAUGCGUUCAAAAUGCUGCUGCUCACCGGCCAGGCUGGUGCCGGAACACCGCCCCCGCAAAGGCCACAAGCGCAGUACGACAAGACUGCGGGCUUGCACACUGAUGCAGCUUAUACUGUCCCCGAGCUGGACACGCCUCGGACAUCACAGGAUAUUGCGGAUCGCCGUGCAGAGGACCAGCGCUCCUUGCUAACCUCACCCACGGUUGCAAAGAAGAAGCCGCCUCCCCCGAGCUCAAGGCAUGGCAGGAAGAUCAGUGCCCAAACACCAGAACGUCCGCACCUCUCUUCUGGGACGGCGUCGCCCAUAUCCCCAUCCGACACGAACAAACCCCUCCCACCGGCCCCCAGCAGCCACGGGGUCGAUGGGGCGGAGGACAUUUUUGCCCGAGAGGCCGCUGGUAAGGUUCCGGAGCAGGACUCCCCCACUCCAAGCACGACGCCCUUCACCCCGGCUCUUCCGGCGACUGGCAAAAAACCCACGCCUGCCCCGCCGCCACGGCGGGGCCACGCACGGAGCCAGUCCAUGACUGUCUCGGCCGGGGCGAAUCCUCCGAACACCGCUGGCGACGACGCCGACACGCCGCCACGCUCGUCUAUGGAGUCGCAGCGAUCACGGUCAGAGAGCUUUCGGAGCAACAACGCUCCGGCUCCACCACCUCCCCGACGUCCGCAUGCUUCGCACCGCCAGUCUUUCCAGUUGGCUUCGCCAUCCAACGCAUCCUUCUCCGCUGUCAGCCCAGCUCCGUCUGAUGCCGAGAACCCUCUACAGGCUGCAGGGAACGCCAUUCCCAAGAUCUCCCCGCCGCCGCCACCACCAGCGCGCAACACAUCUACGCGUCGGCCCCCAAGCCUCAGAAGCAUUGAAGCCCCCAGUAGGAAAAUCAGCAGCGGCGGCGGUAAGGAGAAUGCCACUCCACCUCCGCCGCCACCGCCGCGCCAAAGAGGAAGCAGUCGCGGAAGCAUGGAUGGAUACGGUGUACGGAGGACGAGCAUCGACAGCACCAGGGCCAUGGGCAGCAACGUACCAGAGGAGCCUGCGGCAGAGGAAAAGGCACAGGACUAUGCCGCGGCAGACUUCGGGAAGGCGGCGGACAUUCUCGCCGAUUUGGACGCGCUGCAGAGAGAGGUGGAUGCUUUGAGGGCAGCGCAGGGUAAAUAAAGCGGUGACACUGACAACAAAGGUGCGACAUAGACGGCUGGAAUUGGUAUAGAACUGGUUGCCGAGCCUUGCUACGCCCGGGAGAGGCGGCUGGGCCAUAUCACACAGGCGCUUGUACAUUUACGCACGUACUGGGAUGCGACAUGAUGUAAUGGAAUGGUUAUGAACUCACGUUUUCUUGUAUGGCUUUUGUCUUGCUGACGUUGCUCACCACGACGAAUUGGUUCGAGGCAGAGAGCAAGUGAGGAGAAUGGGCGAGUGACCCAAACGGUGAGUCCGAAAAUGUCGGCGAACGAGAUGUCAAUUU